CUAUCUAUCUAUCUAUCUAUCUAUCUAUCUAUCGAGUAGCCUACCUACCUACCUAAUAUAGAUGUGUUUGUGGGAGGAGGAGGAAAUAAAGAGAGCCAGUAGAAAUGAAAAGGAGAGAGAGGUCAUCAUUUGGUGCAGGCUGUGGUGUAGAUGGGGACAGGCAUGAGCUGAGUCCUCCACACCGGCAAACUCUCCUCCUCACGGAAGAACAGCGGACUCACUGUAACCGCCUCACGUACAGCCUAAUAUCGCAGUUUCCGCGUGUCGCUGAUGUUCAUGGUUAUUAAUAGGCUGCAUUGGUCUUCCGUCGGUUUCUUUGGACCAUUCAGAUCAACGGAUCAGAUGCGAGUGCGCAGUGUUUGAGGUGACAGUAGCCUACUAAGAACGCUCAAGAUUCAUUUCAUAAGACUCGAUUUGAAAGCGGACCGGAACCGGAGGCGAAAUUAAUGGAGCCGUGCACGUCUUGUUGAGGAUCCAUCUGCACUCGUCCUCAAUGGUCACCUUCUGUCCGAGCCUGUCUUUCUGCUUGCUGCAGUCCGCAUCAGAGGAUGUACGCUGAGGGAAGCACGCCAGACACUGAGCCAGACGCGUGCCAGAAGAAGACAUCAUGCUUCUCCAACAUCAAAAUAUUCCUCAUAUCAGAAUGUGCCUUAAUGUUGGCACAGGGCACUGUAGGAGCCUAUCUGGUCAGUGUCCUCACCACACUAGAGCGACGUUUCAACUUGCAGAGCGCUGACGUGGGUGUGAUCGCCAGCAGCUUUGAGAUUGGCAACCUUGCCCUCAUCUUAUUCGUCAGCUACUUUGGGGCCAGGGCCCAUCGGCCUCGGCUGAUUGGUUGUGGGGGCAUCGUGAUGGCGCUGGGCGCGUUACUGUCAGCACUGCCUGAGUUCUUGACCCACCAGUAUGAAUAUCAGUCUGGAGAGCCACGACCUGUGGGACAGGGAAAAGACGUGUGCUCCAAUAGCAGUCGAGCUGGGCUCUCUGAUCCAAAUUAUUUCUGUGGAAAUAGAACAAACACCAACAUGAUGUACCUGCUGCUGAUCGGAGCUCAAAUGCUUCUGGGGGUUGGAGCGACACCCCUGCAGCCGCUGGGCGUGUCUUACAUCGAUGAUCAUGUCAGGCGUGAAGACUCCUCCCUUUAUAUUGGUGAGAGUGAUCUACGCAACCAUUAUUGUGUUAUGUACCCCCUCCAGCCCCAUCAGUAA